UCCACCUCUCAUUAAACCGUUGUGCCUCUCAAAAACAACCCCCUACCACACCAUCUUCUCAAUUUAACUGCGAAAUUCACAGACAGAGAGAGGACUGUUGAUUGUUAGAGACAGAACAAUGGGUUCAACUUCAGCAGUUUCAAUGGCCAUGCCACUAACUCAGGCAAGUCAAAAGAGGGUGGUGCCAAGCUCUGAUGCCUUGUUCAAGCCACUGCCAUUGAGGCCUUCAAGAGUCAUGGCAGGAGCAUCAAAAUCCAGUGGAAGAAUUCAAGUCAAGGCUUCCUUGAAGGAGAAAGCUGUUACUGGACUCACCGCAGCUGCUUUGACUGCUUCCAUGAUUAUACCUGAUGUGGCACAAGCUGCUGAUUCUGGGGUUUCUCCAUCUCUCAAGAACUUCUUACUCAGCAUUGUAGCUGGUGGUGUGGUGCUUGUCGCCAUUGUUGGUGCUGUGGUUGGUGUGGCAAACUUUGACCCUGUCAAGCGAAGCUGAGAGUACAAGUCUUUUCCACUUCUGCUAUGUAUCUCUUUUAUGUUUCAGUGAUUGUCUUUGUAUUGUGUUUCUCUGCAUAUUCCCUUGUAAUUCGACCUGUGAACUUUGAAAUCUCUAUUUUCAAUUGGGCACAUAAAGAUGUACACAGCACCACUUUUUCCAGUAACAAGAAAUUAUCUAUAGGGAAUUCUAUUCCAGAUCA